AAGUUUGCAAAGCAACAGAUACUUAACAAAUGAGACUUCAUCACUGAGUUAAACCUGACUAUUGUAGCCUAUUAUAUCACAACAACAUCAACAACAACAACAGGCGCAAGCGGGAAUGCAGGUGUAGUUUACCUAUCAGGUAAAAGGUUAUGCUCCGCCCCUUUAUCCUAAAUCCUGUAUUCUUUAGAUUUUGGACUAUUUGAAGUGAAGAAAUAUGAUGUGUUAUAUUAUUUUUUGUGCCACUGAUUUGCUGUGGACAGUUGUGUUCAGCAGCUCCUCUCAGACUUAUGGUCAGGUGAAGGCAGGCAGUCACUCAGGAUACUUAGACAUGAAAUCACACGUUUAUCUUUCUACUGUACCAUAUGUUUCACACUUGACCUACAGAGGAACACGCUGCCUCACCUCUGACACUGUCCUCCAUGCAGGUCUAGCAGCUGUGAUAGAGACUCAGCAGACUGUGAUGGCAGCAGUGGGAGAAGAGGCUCUUUUAAACUGUCAGCUGAUGCAACCUAAAGAUGUUCUUCAAGUCACAUGGCAGAAAAUUUUACCUGAGGGGGUGAAGAAUAUCGCUACUUACACCGAAUACUUUGGUGAGAAAGUGAAUCCUGACUUUAGAGAUAAAGUGGAGUUUAAAUAUGCUGGACUGCAGAACAGCUCCAUAGUUAUCAAGAGGGUGAUGGAGGAAGAUGAAGGAUGCUAUCACUGUUUGUUUAACACCUACCCUGACGGAGCUCUCACUGGUUCAACCUGCCUCCAACUCUAUGGUGUUGAUGAGGAAUCUGGGUCUGUUAACAGUGAUCUCAAUGUCACUUUGAUCACUGUGUUGGUCGUGGUGUCCUGUGUUUGUGUUGCUGCUACAGUCAUCAUCAUCAUCCUGCUUAUAAGGAAACAUCAGAACAGAGACUCUGAGGAGAACAGGACACCACGAAGAACAACCAAAGACACUCAGCCCAAAACACCUUUACUGAUUCAAGAGAACGAGGUGCGGCAACAGAUGUCUCCUGGGAAAAAUAAAGAAAACGGCUCCCCAAAAGAAUGAUCUCUGAUAGCAGGGUGUCAGCGACAGCUGUUUUUACCAUAGCCACAAGACUGUUAAAGCAAAACAGAGGAACUAGAAGAAAGCAGCUCCCUGGAGCUUCAACAGUCACAUGUAGAGCUCUGAAGCAGGUAACUUCACUCUAACUCAGAGUCACAGUGAACUGCAACACAGUGCAACAGUAAAGCUUUGAUUCAAACUAAUCUAACAGGCAGAUGACAGAAUACAAGCUAAUGUGUUUUGAUGAGAAAAAGGAAAUGUCCUGUGAGGUUAUAGUGCCAUCUAGUGUGCUUUGUGAGGAGGAAGACGUUCACAUGAGCCCAAGUGCAUGCACAUAGCACAUUUGUAUAUAACUAUAACUGUAUGCAGCUAUAAAGUUUAAUUUACAGCUAACAUAUUAAAUAAUACACAUGAUGUUAUUUUCUGCAUAAUAUUUUCUGUGUGUUCUUAAUUUUGCACUUGACUCUGUUUUUUUCUGUCUGGACACAUUAUGUAGUUGUAAUUGCGGUAAAGUGCUGACUGUAUGUGGGUCAGAUGUUUUUUUGUUGUUGUCGUCUUCUGUCUGUUUAUAUGUUUCUGCACUUGAUGUGCUGUGCAGUAUGUCCAAGGUGUUUCUAAUGAUCUAAUGUUGUAGAUUUAAUUAUUCUCUGUUUAUGUUAAUUUAUUUUUGUUUUGUUUAUAAAACAGAUGUGUUAAUGUCA